GGAGCAGCGGUCCCACCAACACCUUGGAGUUGGGCUGGGUCUGUGUGGAGCCCCAGAGAUGUUCCCCAGCCCAUUCUUUUUAAGAACCAAUGAGUAAAAUUAGGGGCCUCCCUCCUGCGGUCAGGGACCAGGGCCCUGGAGUGGAACUUGGAGUAGAAGAUGGCCUUCUUUGUCAACUAAUUCAUUCUCCAGAAUUCAACUUGUUCUCUGACUCAGUGGUGUUUGAGAGCACCUUUAUCCAGGUCAAUAAGCAAGGAAACUGGAUGGAUGUCUAUGAAAGAUCCGCCACUAUGAUCAUUGGGGUGACCUCUUCAGUGCCCUCCUUGCCGCUCCCCAAUGUCCUCCUGAUGGCCAAUGUCACCUGGCCUCAUGGUUCAUUUUCCUCCUGCAGCACACCUGGUACCCCAGUCAUCACUCUCAGCAGGAUCCUGCCCCUGAAGUAUGUAGAACUACAAAUCUAUGACCGGACCCAACGCAUCCUUCGGGUUAGGACAGUGACUGAGAAGAUCUACUACCUGAGGCUCCACGAGAAACAUCCACAGGCUGUGUUUCAGUUCUGGAUCCGCCUGGUGAAAAUUUUGCAGAAGGGUCUGUCAAUCACCACCAAAGACCCGAGGAUCCAGUUCACUCACUGCCUGGUGCCCAAGAUACCCAACUCCUCCACUGAAAUAACACCUGAAAGCAGCCUGCCGUCAUCCUCCCAGGCCAGCGAGACCAUAAUGCUGCUGGCAGCUGAGCGGACCAGCGGCAGUCUCUUAGGACUCUCAAAAAGACACCAGCUCAUGGGAGAUGGACACCCUGAUACUACCCCAGAAAUAGACAACUCCAACAGCUGCAAGACACCCCCACUGGUGGUAUCGACAGUUAACAUGCCCAUGAGAGCUACUCUGACCCACAGCCUCUGGGAACAAGAGGACCCAAAUGAGAACUUCCUCCAGGUUCCCGUAGCCAGCUCCCUAGGAGAGAACUUUCUGGGACCCUAACGCCGAGCCAGGAUGGGUGCCAGCCCUGUCACCUGUUGGUUUGCUCUGCCUCGUUUAAUGCUGCUUCCCACGGUGGGCCAAGUAACCAUGGGAGAGAAGAGAUGGUACUUAUGCCGAGAUGCUCCUCUACUUCCACGAAUAAACCUCCAAAGGAGUGCC